GCAAGGGUCUGGACUUCUGGGGACGCCGCACUGAAGAAAUCAGGACGUCGCAUGUCUGGGAAGGGGUGUGGUGCCAAUGCUGGAUCUGGCGAGGUUAUCUAUUGUAGGUAGCAUCGCCAUUUCCACGAUUAGCACCACACCCCCUUAUGCCACCACACACUUUUCCGACCUCCGGAGGAGCAGCGGGAGCCCGCCUGCUUCAGGUGCGGCUUCCCGUGGAAGCAGCACGUCGGGGAGCUCGGGCCGUACCAGAAUGGUGUCUCCGGCGCUGGGCCAGCGGCGUCGUGGCGUCUUCACCGACGGCGCCUCGGGCGAGAGGUGCCUCCUCCUCGGCGAGGAGCGGCGGCAGGACGGGGGCUACAACCUGUUCUGGGGCUUCGGCGAGCUCGGCGAGCUGGACCUGCAGACGACGGCGGCCCGCGAGUGCGCCGAGGAGAGCCUGGGGCUCCUCGGCCACGAGGUGCCGCUGGCCGCCGCGCUGGGGGAGCCCCUCGCCCAGAUGUGCCUCGAGGGCGGGGGCGGGCCGCUGGCCGCGGCGCCGGGGCCGGGGCGCCAGGGCCGCGGCGGGGCGCUGUUCGCCAUCCUUUCUCCCUCUGCGUCGACUGCGGGCAGGUGGACGCAGCCGAGCUGCUGCGGGAGUACGACAGGCGCAGGCGCCGCUGGGCGGCAGCCGUGGGGGCCUGCCAGGGCCUGGCCCCCGCGGGCAGGGCGGCGGGCGGCGACGUUGGUGCAGCGUCUCGUCUGCGUCCGCGCCCGCAGCUUCCUGGAGGCCGCGCGCUCGGGCCAGGAGGUCAAGCUGAGGCGCCCUGCCGGCGAGGGGGAGCCCUUCGCGGAGGUGGCGGUGGCCACGCCCGGGGGGCACCUGCUGGCGCCCCGGCCGCCCGCGAGCUGGCUGGCGCGGGCCCUCGCUGCCGGUGGCGGGGCCGCGGGAGCGAUGGCGCUGUGGUGUGCGGGCGGCGACCAGGCGCCCGGCCCGGCCGUGGCGGUGCGCUUCGAGGCUGAAGUGCAUGGCGUCCGCGCAGGCGGGGGGCCCAGCGUGGACACGGUCGCAGCCCACGCGCUGUUCUCGUCGGCCUGGACGGGGGGUCGGGGCACCGACAGCCCGCGGGAGCCGCGGGAGCUCGCAGCCUGCCUCGUCGGCCUGUGCCCAGCGCUGCUCGCCGAGGCGCCCUCGUUCCAGCGGUACGCCUCCCUGUGGGUCUCGCGCGGCCUGGACUCGGCGGUGGCGGCAGCGCGCAGCGCUCUGCACCUCGGAGAGCUGCUGCGACUGGCGCCCGGGCCCGAGGCUGCUGCGUGGCUUGCCGCGGUGCUGGACGAGGAGGGCGCGGCGCUCCUCCAGGGGUACUCGGGCGAGCGCGCCGGCAGCGAGCUCCAGCUGCUCCUCGCGUACAGGAUCUUGCUGUGGCUGCGAUUGGCGCACGCCCUCUGCGGCGACCCGGUCGCCGACGGUCCCCUGGGUUUGGCCGCCCCUCCAGGCGUGGCGGCCUGGGGCGCGGCGGCCGCCUCGGCGGCGGCCGCCGCGUCCUUGCUGCAGCAGGCGCCGCGCCCGCGUUGGCUGCAGGCGUGCGCCGCGGCAAAGGCUUGCGAGGUCGUUGCGGAAUUGCCCUGGGCGCCGGCCGAGCCGAGUGUAUCUUUGGGGAACGAACAGUGA